CCUACCUAGGUAUGCAUAAUGUUGUUUCCAACCUGGGAUACCCAAAUUACUUUACAUAUGUUAGGUGCCUUCCCAGAACCUCUAUCGAUUUAAAUUGCAACUUUCUUCUUCAAAUACUCAAAUACUCAAAUACCCAAAUACCCAUGUGCUUACUUCACAGCCUUUUUAACCACGAACAACAGCCACCUUUGAAUGGGCAUCCUGACUUGAUUCCUUUCAUCGCAAUUCUGUUUACCUACUCUAUUAAAAAUAAUAUUGAAAUCAUGCCUGUCACGAGGUGGAACUAAAAUAACUUCGUUGUCCCGCAAGGAAUUCCAAUCUAUCUACGAGAGCCUGUGUCUAUAAUACAUACUGAACACGUCCUUUGUUCUAGAUGUCUCAUCUGGAAUCCCGACAAUGCCACCGUUCGGGGGUCCAUCUCAGGGUGCUACGGGGGAUAUAUGGCUACAGAAUAAAUUUACCAUCGAGCGUCUCUACGUGGUCGAAAAUAAAACCGCCGAAGAUGUAAUGGAAACCAUGGAGAGGGAAUACGGGUGCCCACACAUCACCAAAAAAGCUUUCCAAAAAAUCAUUCGGAAUAAGCUUAAAUUAAGCAAGAGGCUCAAGAAAGGCGACUGGCCGAGAAUAUACCGAAACUACCUUCUUCACAGAAAAGAUAUACCAACUGUGGUUUAUCAUAAUACUAGGAAGAUUAUAUGGAAGGACGUGAUAAAGGAGACUAAAAGGUCGGGGCCUUUGCCGGAUACAGGUCAAGAUGGUGAUGCUACGCUCCCGAUGGAUGUUGUUUUGAGGACACCAUCACCACCACCCUCACCCUCACCAUCACUUGGCGGGUCUCGGAUGUCCCAUUCUCCACCAACAAAUCUUCAACAAUUAACGGGCUCCCUAACCGGCUCCUCCCCCCAGCCGGCAGCCUUUUCACCUACAGCUCUUGUUGGAGCACUAGACGCAGACUUACCGGUAUCUACCAGAGUAGGCAUUGACAGUGCCCUGAAUGGCAUUCCAUGGAUCAAAUUCAACUACAGAAUGCUUUCGACUGCAAUGUUUCCACACGAUAGCGACACAAACCUCCCGUUGGACCUUAACUCUUUGAGGAGUCUCAUUGACACCAGACUUGAAAUGGAUUCAUUUAGGAUCUGGAGAGCCGCAGUCCCUUCCACCAGAUUGCAUUUCUUGAGCACUAUGCCCUCAUCUUCGGCACUUACACCAGAUAUCCAUGCUUAUCACCUCUUGGCCAAAGUGGUUUAUUUAACUUCUAAUAAUCUCCAUCACAAACCGUGUGGCCGCCAACACGAUAUAUUUACCGGGACUAUCCAACUUCUCUCCAGCCAGAUACCGAAAAAAGUUCUGAGUACAUUGUUUCAACAAAAUCUCCCUAUCCAUAGGAUUAUAUGGGAACACUUGAUUGAAUGUGCCGGUAUAUCUAGCUACUACGAUACAUUCACUUCAUUGAUAAAAGCUGGGCUCCGGCAUAAGGAAUGGAUUCUCUCUAAAGGGGCUUUAUACCUCUCUUUCGCUGCCUCUAUGAAUGCUCUUGAUGUCGUCCAAGAUCUACUCGACUUCGGCAUUCGUGCUGAUGCUGUUGUAAGUGGCAGAGACCACCCCGUUAUCAUUGAAGCCGCGGCUUCUGGUAAUAUAGAGUGUGUAAAGUUGCUUAUAGGAGCGUGUGAUGUAAAUCGCAAGAUCAUACGUAACGCGUCGAAUUUUCAGAUACUUCUCUUCACCUUAGCAAAGGGCGAACUUUGCAUUCCUACAAACCGAAAUUAUGCCAACUUACCAAGCUUUCCCAAGGGAACCAGAAGCGAUGAGUUCACUACAGCCAGUAUUAAUCUCAAGAAUGAUGCCCAACGUCUAAUACUAAAAAUGUUUUUGGAUUGCGGUGCAAAUGUCGACUUACCGUGGGCCACGCGCCUCACUUCCGACAAUCAGGUAUACGAUGUCCCUGAGGAAUGGUGUCUUACUACCUUCGAAAAAACCCGUUACUGGGACAAAAGUCUAUUCAAAGAACUCGCUCCAUAUAGCAGUAUCACCACAGGACGCAGUUUUCGACCAAAGAUAUGUAGUUUGGCGUUGCUAGGCAAGGAACACCUUCGUCAAUACGUAUACUUGCGAUCGGCAGAAUCCGAUCUCACGGCGGAGGUAUUCUUGGAGUGGGUUCUCCUUCAACAAGUCAUAGAUGAUGAAAUCAUUGAUAUAGAGGACGUGCGCACCAACAUAGACGUUAUUCGAGGACUUCUUGAAUCCGGCGUGGAUCCAAACCUUUCUUCGUUAGAGCACUAUAAAUCCGAAUAUUAUAGUUUUGAUAUUCACGAUCUCCUCAAAUACCUAGUCUUAAAACCGGAUGCUCAUCGCCUUGGAGAGAGCUUUGAUGUGGUCUUGAGGCUAAUCCUUCAAUCAGGGGCAACCAUAAAUUCGGAGGUCUUGGCGGCUGGUGUUCGGAAAGAGGGAAUCGAUAUAUUGGAAGCUCUUGUCAGAGUUGGCGCCGAUGCGGGACAGUAUGGCGCUACAGCAUUAGUUUUAGCUGCGCGGUUUGACAACUACGAUGCAGUUAAGUGGCUGUUAGACUCAGGGGUGGACAUCAACGCAGAGGUUCCUAGUCUACAACGGAGUGUCAUUUCAUUAGCAAGCUCGAGCAACACAUGUUGUCCCAGAUGUUGGAAGCGGCAUUGUGGACAUCGGAAGCUUUCUGAUUCGGCGAGUUGCGAAAUGCUGAGAUACUUGGUCGACUGCGGUGCGGCUUUAAAGUAUCAUCCAGACGACCCAAAUUCUUUCCGAUUCUUGUACAAUCUCCUCCGGGAGUAUGAGGCGAAUGGCUCUCUAUUUAAUAUGAUGGAGCUAUUUCUGCCAAAAUUACGUCCCCACGACCUGCUACCCCUGCUACCCCUUGGUAACUUUGGCGAAAGUCUAUGGGAAGCUUGUCUCUAUUCACGAAAACAGCAUCACCCCAAUGAAAAGCAAGCCGAAACCCGAAGAGAAAAGAUUGCGGUACUCGAACUGCUCUUCAAGCACGACUUACUAGUUCAAGAUGCGCUUGCACUGCCAAAUUUGAUUUAUUAUAGAGGACCGCCCGAGUUAAUCGAAAGGCUCCUAGAGUCUUGUAUGAAUCUUAACACAUACGUCAAAGUUCUAGGUUGUGGGUUUACGGGGAGUCUUAUUCAAUAUGCAGCAUACCAAGGUGAUAAAGCUUUGGUUGAAAAGCUGCUACAAAAAGGUGCCGACAUCGACCAAGAAGCAGCUGAAAUGGAUGGGAAGACGGCCCUCCAAGCCGCAUGUGAUUGGAAGGAAGUUCCAGCAGGGGAAGAAGCGAAGAGAGUCGGUCUUAUACAACUCUUGAUCGAGAAAGGCGCAUAUAUUAACGCCCCUGGAAGCAUGUAUUAUGGACGUACGGCCUUGGAGAUUGCUGUCGAGCAAGGCAAUAUGGAAGUCGUGCUUUUAUUGAUAUAUGGGGGGGCUGUGGUCAAUACGCCUAAUCUAUGUGGGUAUAAUGCGCUAGACAUGGCGGUCAUGAAUGGAAGGCUUGAUAUAGUUCGCCUUCUCUUAAACGUUGGAGCUCUUAGUGGUAUCCGGGGGCAGACUGGCUUUGAUGGAGCAAUUGAAGACGCAGAAAGAAGGAAAUAUUUCGCUGUGGCCAAUUUGAUACGACAGUAUGCAGAAGAGCAUUCAAGAGAUGGUCUAGUUUCGGGUGGGCUUAAAACUGAAAGAGAAUAACCUUUGGACUUGGCAUAACUGUUCUAGGUCAACGUCGUUUAUUAAUAUAUUAGGAUAUGUCUCAAGAUUAGUGCUUGAAGUUAUGAAUAGUAAUAGAUGGUAAAAUUAGCAUUGUACAAACCAAUCUCUCUUUUCUAAGGAAACCUUGUACUAAACGGAACUGUAAGGACACAGUCUACUGCCACUUACAGGAACACUAGAUCCUGGGGCACUGACGAGACUCAAGUAUACACUCCGCUUUAAUAACUGACUCAAGACUUCAAAAAGAACAACAAACAAAAAGAAAACAAGAGAAGGAAAGAAAAAGAAAAAAACAUACAACACCGGGGAUUCGCUGGUCGUCACCGACCCAACUACUAAUCCGGCGGUAUCCGGUUUAUCGAAGGGGAGAGCGGACGGGAUCCCGAGCUUUC